UUCGCCCACGGCGCCUGGGGGCCCACACAGCCUGCCUGCUACUUCUGCCUCUACGCUGCGCCUGGAUUAUACACCCCACUUUCGAGAUGGGGAACAUGGCUUGCAUCCCCCAAGCGCCUGGCCGGUUCAGAUACUCCUUCUCUAGAAAACCAUCUUUUAAGAAAGGACAAGAGAGCAAGAAGAAACUGCCUGGCCUCUUUGGGUUUGAAGCAGAGCACGAGAGAGAUGUCACUUCAGACAAAAUACUCCAGUAUAUUCCCGGGAAGAACUUUACCAGCCAAGAGAAUGAAAAGGAAAACUUUGACCAGCGGUUCCCAAGCUUGUUCAAGAAAGGACGGAGGAAGACGGUGGUGCGGAAUCUGGGGAAAAUUAUCUAUUAUUCCAAAGUCAAAUUUAAAUUCCAGCACUGCCAGGAAAUAAAUGACUGCUAUUUGGAGCUCUUUCAAGAAUACCUCUAUUUCCAAUCCCUUGGCCCCAGCGGACACGUCUGUCAGGGUUUGCUACCGCUGACAGAGCUCCAGCUGAUUGAACUUGAAAAUGAAAACGGAGCGCAAGAAGAUCUUCAUGUUUUUCAAAUUACAGGUCCUCUGCUGUCCCCCUUGACUAUCUACUGCUCCAGCCAGGCAGAACUGAAGCACUGGCUCUACCACCUGGACAAACAAAUCCACUUAAAUGGAGGACACCCUGAUUUGCCCCUCGUGACUCAGAGUGGCUGGACGCAUGGCCCCCACGGGAAGGAGCAGCUGAGGUGGUCCAUGCAGAACGCCCACGUGCAAGAAUGGAAAGGCACCCAGCGGACGUCACUGGGCAACAUCCUUUGCGUCUCAAAAGUGAAGUUGCAGCAUUUACCUUUCCAGGAACAGCAUCAUCGCUUGUUGGUCCUCUACCCUUCUACCCUAGUUAUUGUCUCUGAAGAACACAACGGCCUCUACUUUAAGGGUGAAUUGCCCCUGAAUGCCAUCCAAAUACAAUUUGAAGAAAACCAGAAGUCGGCUUUUUUAAUAGAAGGCCGACUCAUCAACUCCAUUAGGGUCAUCUGCUCCAGCUACAAAGAUUACCAAGAGUGGUUGUAUUGUCUGAAAACGGCCCAGUUCCGCCACGCAGAUUCCUCUCUUUCAGGAUCAGAGAGUUUCUCAGGGUUAAAACCCACACACCUGGCACAGUUUUCAGGAAGCGGAAGAGGGUCACUCACCUCGGAGGCUACAUCCACACACCACUCCCAAACCAGUACCGCUUCUCUGUCUGAGAGGCAGUCGUUCGACGCGGUGGCCGAGAAUCGGUUAGCUGAAAACCAUCUGCCGCAACCAGUCUGCUGCCCAGGAAACCGAGUCCUGGCAGGGACAGGAAUGCCGAAACCUGAGUUGAAAAGAAAAGGGAGCUCUCAAAAGUCCAAAGGGAAGGGUGGCCCGCAGCCCCAUUGCCACAGCGAGGACUCUGAAAGGAGCCACUUCCAACUCAUCUCAGAGCACCCACAUGGAGAAGGCGUGACUCCGGUGUACAAUGAACCAUACCCGGCCCUGAUCCAGCAAGAGCAUCCUGCCAUUCGCCCGCUGCACCUGGACUUAAACAAUCUGAAACAGUGGACCGUGCCGAGGGGUCAGAUCUGCAUCGCUCCCCAAACCUUGGAAAAUGCGUCUCUGUCUUCUUCCCCCAUGUAUGCUGAUCCCUACACGCCCAGUUCCCCGUCCUCACAUGGGGCAGCGGGCUCCUACUUUCUAGAAGGGCUUGGGAGGUGCCAAGGGCUGUCUGCUCUGGAGCACCAGAAUGGCUAUCCAGCCAUGCCGGUCUCUGUUCCUAUCUGUCAUCAUCCUCGGGGGCAGAAGAGCUUUCAACCUUUAUGUGGGAACCACUGGCGAGAACCCACACUUGCCCAGAGAUGCAACGCCUCAGCCCCUGCCUUUCAUUUUGCCAGAGAACCCCCGUCGGACAUCAAUUAUUUGCCCACAAGUACCUCGUCAAGAGAUGGCCUUCAGACACGUCCCUUGCCGACUUCAGAUGAAAUCCUUGGAGCCUACGAUCUGCCUGAAACAGGACAGGAGCGGCUCGACUCAAUGAAUCAUGACUACGCUGAGCUCCAAAGCUUCCAUGAGGACUACAGUUAUGACAACAUCUGGGACACAGAGGUGAAGAAGCCAGGAGCACCCUCUAACCAUGAGAUCUAUGAUUGCUGAAGGAGGGCGAUGUCAAUCCACUGAAGCAGGAGGACUGAGAACCGAAGAAAGGAAGCUUGCCUCUGCUUUUUAUUAGUUAAUGCAAAGAUUGGAUGGUGGACUUCUGGAAGGCUAUGGUCUUCUGGCUGUUUCUGGACACUUUGCCCCAUUCCUGUUCCUCCACUUUUGCUUGUGGUGCUGUGAAAAACUGUUCUGAGGAAAGGGCCUUGAGUUCUUCCACCCAGUAAUCUGUUGUGUAUAAACAUGGAGAUGUAUCGCUUGGACCCUGAUACCCUUGGUCGUUAUGAAGAAAAAGCUGCAGUGGUCUGUAGGGUCAAGACCCAGUCUGGACUUUUGUGCUCAAUGUAUGGAUCUUGCGAUUCACCCAAAAAACAACAAGAAAACUAUCUGCCAACAAUAACUCCCAGGUAUAAACGCAACGCCGGCUUUUAAAAGCUGCAAUUCAAUCUUAAGAUGGUAGAAGGAUUCUCUCUGGGCCGUAGAAAACAGAUUUGCCUCUCCUGCAGGAUUAGGAAUUUCAGGAUGGGAGAUGGCUUGUAGCAACUGGAGUGCAAUUUAAAAAACACCCCCUCCCCAAAGC